UGUAUAUCCCAUAGUACUUCAACUGAUUUUCACGCAUAUAUUUUAGAUUAAUGGAUAAAACUAAUUGAAUUAGUAAUUAAUCAACUUAGCAUUUUAUAAAUCACAUGAUAUAUAAUUAUCAAUAUGGCGCAAUAAGUGUAUUUAUACUCUAUUAAAAUUGGUUCCUAAUAUUUGGUAUCACUGUAAUAAUUAUAAACAAAUCCAUAAAUAACUUACGACAAUGCUUUGGUUUUACACAAACCGUGCUGAGAGGAGUACUUUGCUAUGGAAGCCGCUAUUUAUGCUGCUUGCCGUUUUCGCAACUCCCCUUACUCAUGCCGCCAAUGUUGAAGCUGCGCGUGUGCUUGAUUUGAGCGACCGUUUUCUGGAAGUAUACAAUCAAGGCCAAUGGCUGGUCAUGUUUUAUGCGCCCUGGUGUGGUUAUUGUAAACGUGCAGAACCCAUUUUCGGGCAGGUUGCACAGGAAUUACAUGGAUUGAGUAUCCGUGUAGGAAAAGUAGAUUGCACUCGCUUCCCACAUGUGGCACGUGAGAUGGAGGUUCGUGCCUAUCCAACCAUAAUGUUCAUAAAAGGAAGCGCAAAGUAUAUAUAUAAAGGCGAUCGCGUCAAAGAGGAGUUAGUUGACUAUGCGCUGCGCAUGAGCGGUCCUCCGGUACAAUUGGUGACUCGAGCCGAAAGUAUCGAUAUGCUUAAGGGCUCACAUACAAUAUUCUUCAUUUUUAUUGGCCAGCAGGAGGGUGUGAUGUGGGAAUCAUAUUAUGCAGCAGCGGAAAACUAUCAAGAACACGGAUUCUUCUACGCAACCACACCGGAUUUAGCAGCACAGCAUUUCGAAUUUGAACACUUGCCUGCUGUAGUUGUUUACAAAGAAGAGCAACACCACUUAUAUCCACUUGCACAUGUAGCCCACGAAAUGGAUGUGUCGGAGAUUAACGACACUAUACAUCAUUGGGUGAAUGUCGAAAGAUUUGUAACAUUCCCAAAAAUUACCCGUUUCAAUAUGAAUCAAUUAAUGAAAACGAAAAAAUAUUUAGUUGUGGCAGUUGUAGAAGAAGAUAAAUUGAAUCAAGUUGCUACACAUGAGUUAGAAUUCCGUGAUAUGGUCGAAGGUGUUAUACGUAAGCAUCGAGAUAGGUACCAUGAUAAAUUUCAAUUCGCCUGGAUUGGUGAUCCUGGCAUAGCGCAUUCCAUCGUACUGGAUAUGCCGCCCACACCUCAUUUGUUUGUGAUUAACUCUACCACUCAAGAACAUUACAUUCCAGACGAUGAACCACUUAAAAUGACACCUCAAGCUCUUCAUGUCUUCCUCGAAUCCAUUCACAACGAAAGUGCUACUCCACUUGGUGGUGACACUCUUUUGGUGCGUGUCCGGCGUGCAAUAUUCGAGGUCAGGAAAGGUUUAAGUGAUAUGUGGAAGGGCAAUCCCGUACUUACGACUGUUAUCUUGGGCUUACCCUGUGGCUUUUUAUCGCUUAUUUUAUAUUCCGCCUUCUGUGGCGAUUGCUUUGUGGCAUCGGAUGAAGACGAUGAUCACGAGAAAACCGAGUAAACUUUGUGCAGUAUGCUGUGUCAUAUGCUUUAGAGUGUUUUGGAACAAUGUUUAUUGCUUUUAUUUAUAUUUCUAGUCUAAUUGUAUCGGUUUAUAGUAUAAUUUGUGGCUGUCAUAUAUAUUAACUUAUGGAUACUUAGUUGAUGCCCAAACAACGUCAUUUAAAAUAAAUCUGUGUAGUGUGUAUGGACGAG